UGGCUACCGUGUCGACCAGGGCGGCCCACCCACCUCUCACUUUGGUCUGGAGUGAGCGAGAGCGACGCUGCUUUUCUCUUGCUCUUCAGCCUGGACCUGUGAUGUGAUUGGCGUGAGAGGGAACUGUGGAUUCUGGCGAUGGACACCCGCUCCGGGAGCCAGUGUUCCGUCGCCCCAGAAGCCGUGCUCAACAACGGAGAUCUGGUCUUGCCGCCCCGCAUCUCCAGAGUGAACGGCUGGUCGUUACCCCUGCACUACUUCCAGGUGGUGACCUGGGCUGUCUUCCUGGGCCUUUCCUCGGCCACCUUCGGGAUCUUCAUUCCCCUCCUGCCUCAUGUGUGGAAAUAUAUUGCCUACGUGGUGACCGGGGGGAUCUUCUUCUUCCACCUUAUCGUCCACCUGAUUGCCUCCUGUAUCGACCCGGCCGACUUCAAUGUCAGACUCAUGAAGAACUACUCUCAGCCCAUGCCGAUCUUCGACAGAUCGAAACACGCACACGUGAUCCAGAACCAGUUCUGCCACCUGUGCAAGGUCACCGUGAACAAGAAAACCAAACACUGCAUUUCCUGCAAUAAGUGUGUAUCCGGCUUCGACCACCACUGCAAGUGGAUCAACAACUGCGUGGGAAGCCGUAAUUACUGGUUUUUCUUCAGCACCGUGGCCUCAGCCACAGCCGGCAUGCUUUGCCUGAUCACCAUCCUGCUGUACAUCCUCAUCCAGUACUUUGUGGACCCCGGGGUGCUCCGCACGGAUCCCAACUAUGAAGAUGUCAAGAAUACGAACACGUGGCUGCUGUUCCUUCCCCUGUUCCCGGUGCAGGUGCAGACCCUGAUAGUCGUGAUCAUCGGGAUGGUCGUUCUCCUGCUGGACCUGCUUGGCUUGGUGCAGCUGGGCCAGCUGCUCAUCUUCCACAUCUACCUGAAGGCCAAGAAGCUGACCACCUUUGAGUAUCUCAUUAAGACCCGCAAAGAAGAGAGUUCAAAACACCAAGCGGCGAGGAAAGAUCCAUGCACGCAAAUGGAGGAAGGAUUUCUCCAGCAAGGAGACGGCGCCCUGGGCUCAUCUGCACAGGGGAAUCCAAAGCUCCUCUUAGCAGAGCGAUCAGGAGCUAAUUGGCACCGUAACCUGCAUUUGGACUUUGGCAUCAGACAGACCUGGGUUCUAGGCCAGUGUGGAGAUGCUGCUGGUUCUGUAACCUCAAAGGACGUUGUAUGUAUGUAAUAUCUGGAAUCUUUGGGGAAUCACUUUCUUCACUUAAUACUGAAUUGUCAAGGUCUGUCCAUACUGCGUGUCGCUGUAGUCUGUUCGCGUUUGCUUCUGUGGCUGUUCCACCCCAUACCGCACUUAAUUACCCGCUCUGCUAUGGUUGGGCAUGGAGACGGUUUCCAGUUUUUCGCUACCCGGCUGUGCAGCUCAAUCUUGACAGAUCUCCUGUUGUACAGGUGCAACCAUUUCUCCCGGGGCUAUUCCUAGUGGUGCAAUUGCUAGAAUGUCCAGCUCUCAGAGAUAAGGCCACUAUUUUUUAAAGGUGUUGCACAUGUUACACUCUCACAGCAGGCUAUAAGAAGUCCUAUUGCUUCGUGUCCUCUCCACACUUGGAAUUGACAGUCGAAUAGUGUGAACUGGUGGCUUAUUGUGGCCUCCUCCAGUAUUUUCCUGAUUAUUAAUGAAUCUGAACACAUGUGAGCCAUGCGAGUUUUCUCUUCCAUGAAGCACUUGCUCAUGUCCCUAGUCCAUUUUUCCAUUGGACUCUUUGUGCUUCUCAUUGAUUUAUAUGAGUUUUUAUAUAUUCUUUAUACACACCUUUUGUCAGUUGGGUGAAUUACAGAUAGAGUCUGUCCAUGUGCAGCUUAACUCCAUGCUUAAUUUAAUAUACCAUUCUAGAAACCAGAUCAUGCAUUACAAUAUAGUCAUGUUUAUUCAUAUUGUAAAAGGAAUGCUUUUAGUUCUUGAUUAAUGAAUCUUUCCACCAAAAUAUCUAAAAGAUACCAUCUGUUAUUUCUACUGAAGGUUUUAAGUUUUGAUUUUGAGAGCCAAGUCUUUAUCUUUUGUUGAUUUCAGUGUAUGGUGUGAGGUAGAGAUCUAACUUCAUUCUUUCCUCUAUGGAUUUGUAUUGUUUCCAGCUCCAUUCAUUGAUCCCCACUGGCAUAAAAAGCUACCUAUGUCCUCAGCUCCAUUUAUGCGCAUACUUGAGUCUAUUUCUGGGCUGUGUAGUCAAUUCCACUUGUCAGUUUGUCUAUCCCUGCACUAAUUUCUUGUCAUCUUACUUCCCAUAGCUUCAUAAGUUCUGAGAAGUAAGUACUUCAUCUCUCUCCCACAAAAGACUCUAGUUAUUCAGUAUUAUGGUCACAAACCCCACUCUUUCCUUUCUAGCGCGUCCCCCAUUCUCCCACCUGCCAUACCUCUGGUAUCCUGACAUCAGACCCUUCUUAUCUCCUGUGGGUUGGCAGAGGCUAGCUGCUUGCUGUGUGGGGUCAGCAACAUGUUCCAUAUAUGGACACUUAGCUACCACCCUUGUGCUUAACCUCACAUCCCAACCCCAUCCUCACUCCUCCCCCUUUCCCCUGGGACCCACCGUAUCUUGGGGCCCUGGAGCUUCUCCAUUACUUGGUAGGGAAGACAACCUCCUUUAACUCAGCAUCUUUGUCCACAUUCAGCUUUUUAAAAAUCCAAUCUCCCAAUCUCUGAUUUUUAAUUAAAAAGUUCAAGCUAUAUAUAUAAUGUUUAAAGUAAUUACUGAUGAGAAAUGAUUCACUUCUGCUAUUUAGCUUUUUGCAUUCUGUAUAUCAUAUAUAUUUUUUAUUUCUCAAUUCCUGCCCAUUUAAAAAUUCUUUAGUUGAAUGUUUAUAAUGUUCCAUUUUGAUCCCUUUGUUCUUUCCUUUUUGUACAUUUUCUAAUUAUCUUCCGAAUGGUUACAUUGGGG